AUGUCGAGAGCAAACAACUUGAGAUACCCGGAAGGUGCAAUUCGCCACGGAGGAAGCUCGGCAAGGAGAAGGCUGGAGAUGGAAGAUUAUAUCAUCCAGAUCCCAGAGUGCGAUAUCAAUGAGGUCUCCGAACGUUUCAAACUGACGCUCAUGGGUAGGAUGUUUAACCUAGAAGGGAGGAGCGUUGACGCCCUAAUUGGUAUGCUCCCAAAGGAAAAGAUCUGGGACGUGGAAGGACGAGUACGGGGUUUCAACUUGGGGAAUGACCGUUUUCAGUUUGAUUUUGACAACGAGGCAGACCUGCUAAAGGUCCUCAGCAAAAGACCUUGUCACUUCAAUCGCUGGAGCUUCGCUUUAGAGCAAUGGGAACCAAGCACCAAAGAAGACUUCCCGAACACGAUCCCGUUUUGGAUUACGGUCAGAGGCGUUCCCAUGCACUACUGGAACAAUAAUACCUUCACGGAGAUUGGUAGGGUUUUGGGAACGAUUGAGGUGUAG